AUGACCAUGUCUUCUCAGAGUGUCCCAGCAGUUCGCUUUUCGGACGCUACACGCGUCCAGAAGCUCGACUCACAUACGUACAGAGCGAAUCUCGAAAAGGCAUUCUGCAUCGUUGCUGUGCCCAAUGGCGGCUACGCGGGCUCCUGUAUGCUUGCGGCUGCGGCGGACCGCCUCGCAGAGCGUGGGCAGCCCGACAUGAUCACGGCGCAUUUUGAGUACCCCGAGCGGACAUUCCCAGGCCCUGCAAUAAUCAAGAUUGAGGACAUCAAGCUGGGGAGCAACAUCUCACGGCUCCAUCUCACGCUUUGGCAGGGCAAGAUCCUCUCCGAGGCUCCCUGGAUCGACCCUGCAUCCUCCAGCCGCAAGAUCCUCGCCUAUUCAAUCCAUGCUGACCUCAACAACUUUGAUGGCUUCUCUCUCCCCACAGGCUAUGAGGUCACCGAGGGUGCCGCGUUGCCUCCCCAGCCUGAUUUCAAUCGCCUCAAAACGAAGGGGGGCGAUGAUGUGUGGGAGGAGCAGACUCUGCCCAAAGGCUCAGAGGAGUGGCACUCUUUGCGCAACUGGCAAUUCUUUGUGCCUCGCCAGGGCCCUCUGACUCCCGGGGUGAUGGAUGUCUGGAUCCGCCUGGCGAGUGGUGAGCGCAUCGUGCAGGGCGCGCUGCCGUACGUGUUCGACUCGUUCCCCUACAAUACCUACACCUUCCUGGUGUCGCCUGAGUUCCGAAAGCUCGUGGAACCGCCUAAGAAGAAGGCGGAUGACAAUACUGAGUCCAAGGAAACCCGCGCCGAGGCCGAGAACACGCGAGCCAAUUUGUGGAUGCCGACGUUGGUGAUGAACAUCGAAGCCAAGACUCGGCUUCCCGAGGAAGGGGUCGAGUGGCUGGCGAUGCGAGUGUCGUCAAAGCAAAUCAAGGAUGGCAAAUUCGAUCUCGAGAUUAAUUUGAGAGACGAGGACGGAGAGUUGAUUUCUCUGGGUAACCAGAUUGCCAUGAUUGUAAGCAUGGAGAAGAACACGAAAAAGAGAGACCCCAAAGCUGUGUUGUAG